CCACGUUGUUAUGCUUGAUGCCAUUGAUGACAGUUCUCGCUUCCCCGCAAAUUCCCUGCGAUUGACUCACAAUUUUCGCUCGCUACAAAAGAGACGACACAGUCUGCACAAGCACCAGGCUUAAGAGUAACACGCCUGUACUCAAAGAUGACCACCUCUCCUCGGAAGGUCUCUAUUGCACCUCUUCUGAAGAAACUUUCCGCACCAGCACCUCAGGACAACAAUGUUAACGCCGAGGACAUUGCACUCGCAUUCUCAAGGACUUUCGAAGAUGAGCUAAGUGGGACGCAACUUUCGGCGUUGUUAACGCUUCUACAUUCGACAGGCAAGGAUAGACACCCAGCUGUCGUUGCAAAAUGCGCACAGAGUAUGCGUGAUGCAGCAGUACCGAUCAACGAUCAGCAAUUAAGGACAGUCAUCGGAAAGAGGAAGCGCGGUUUGGGCAAAUAUCGGGGCGGACUAUGUGACAUUGUAGGAACUGGAGGAGAUUCACAUUCGACUUUUAACAUCUCUACCACCUCCUCUAUCAUUGCUUCUCCUAUCUUGAUGAUGGCAAAACAUGGCAACAGGGCGCAAACUUCCAUGUCCGGUUCCGCAGACGUCCUCAACGCAAUACUUCCCAAGCCUCCAAAGAUCGAAGCUCUGAGCGCCGACCUGCUCCCAGAAGCGUAUGAACACACCAACUACACAUUCCUCUAUGCCCCAAAUUUCCAUCCGGGAAUGAAGUACGCUGCAACGGUACGGCGUGAGCUCGGACUGAGGACGAUCUUCAACUUGAUGGGCCCUCUUGCGAACCCCGUUGAGAAUCACAUCGAGGCUCGAGUUGUCGGAGUGGCAUACCAAGAGCUGGGACCGGUUUUCGCGGAAGCCUUGCGCUUCUCCGGCGCAACAAAAGCCAUUGUGGUGUGCGGACACGAAGACCUCGACGAGAUAAGUUGCGCUGGCAAGACCAAUUGCUGGUUGUUGAGAGAAGCAGAGAACCCUGCCUACAAAGGCGACCGCGAGAGCGAGGACGAAGACACAAGUGAUGAUGAAGGCCCGCCAAAAUACAUAUCGAAGAUCGAGACUUUUCAAAUCGAACCAGCAGACUUCGGCCUUCCUUCGCACCCACUGUCGGAAGUGGGCGGUGGAAAAUAUCCCAGGGAGAAUGCUUCCGUGCUCAUGAGCAUCCUCCAGAACAAGAGAAGCCUCGACGAUCCUAUCCUGCAUUUCGUCCUCUUGAAUGUCGCUACAUUGUUCGUGGUAAGCGGCGCAUGCGAGGCCGAUACUUGUCCGACCGGAGAAGUGAUCAAGGAGAGAGGACCAGCAGGAGAGCGAUGGAAAGAGGGUGUGCGAAAAGCCAGGUGGUGCAUAGAGAGUGGAAGGGCUCUCGAGGAGUUUCAAAAGUUCAUCGAAUUCACCAAUAAACCGAUAGAUAGGCUGUAGCCAACAUGAAAAGUCCUUUUACGCGUAAAAGUCUUUCUUCUGAGCCUGUUCCGUCGCACUCAAGUCUUGCAUGUGCUGAACCAACAGUAACAAACGCCGUCGCUAUGCCUGAUGAAAAUAGAGGUAUUUGAAUCGUAGUGCUCUUAAACUAGUCGAUCAUUUCGUCGGCCGCGGGCAGAAUCAUCGCGCUUCAAAUUGUACCAUUCUAACGCCGUUGUCAGCAAGAA